AUGGCGUCCAUAAAAGCGUUCACAGACAUGGCGCUAAAGGUUAGUCAGGCUGUACUGGUCGUGCUGGUGAUGAGGGUGCAGACACAGUUGUUGCCCGGCUCCUGCAGUUUCGAGACGGAUGCAUGUGGCUACACAUAUGACCUGGCUCAUGCUGCAUGGACAUUAAAUGGUGAAGGUCGUUUUAUCACAGCAGACUCCUCAUUAAUGGAGCAGUCAGACAAGGCUAUCUUGGUGAGCCCUGAACUUGAAAUAUCUGACUGGAGCUGCUUGCGGCUGGUGUACCAGAUCACUGGGGCCGGCUCCCUUCUGGUACAUUUACGCCCUGACGGAGAGAACUUCGACCAUGUCCUAUGGACGGCAGACAAACCCUCUGACAGUUGGCUCAUAGCCAGCAUGGAUCUUCGUAACAGGUCCCAGAUCUUCCAGCUUCUGAUGGAGGCCAGGCCUGAUCGAGGAGCAGGAAACAGCAUCGCUAUUUUUGAAAUUCAUGUUAUCCCAGGCUACUGCAUAGAAUGUAACUUUGAAGAGGAUCAUUUGUGUGGCUACAGAAACCAGUGGAAUCCCAACGUGAACUGGUACGUCGGUGGCAGCCGUAACCAAGAAUCUCAGUCCUACCUGCCUUACGACCACACCAUGAACGAUGAGAGAGGUCACUACAUGUAUGUGGACUCGGUUUAUGCCAAGGGGUUCCAGGAGGUGGCAAAGCUUGUGUCGCCCAUGAUCACCGCUCCCGUGACUGGCUGUUUGUCCUUCUACUAUCAAAGGAACCAAGCAAGGGGGAACUUCUUCUCUGUGUUUACCAAGGACCAGCUGGGUCACUAUGAGGAAAUAUGGAGGCCGGACGUGUAUGCCACAUCCACCUGGAAACUAGUGCAAGUGGAUAUUAAGGCACACCAUCCCUUAGAGGUGGUGUUUGAGGUGGCAUUCAACAGUCCUCGCGGUGGCUUUGUAGCUGUGGAUGACAUUUCAUUUUCUUCCGAGUUCUGCCACAAUGAGACAGAGCCCACCUUUGACCCCUCUCUAGCUAACUGUGAUUUUGAGGAAAGCAUGUGUCAGUACUAUCAGGAGCACAUUCUGGGGGCUGUGUGGAACAGAGUUAACAUCAGGCCAAACGUCUACAGAGUCGGAGAUCAUACUACAGGCUCGGGCUGGUUUCUCAUCGCCAACACUAUGUUUACCUCACGCUAUGGUUACGUGGGCCGUCUGCACGGGCCCUUUCUGCCGGGGGACCACAAAUACUGCCUCAGGUUCUACUACAUGCUGCAGGGUUUCGGGAAGAUCGACAAUGCUCUGGCUAUAUAUGUUUACGAUGAGAACAACGUGGCUCAGGAAAGAAUCUGGACCUCGUCUGAGAUCUCCAGAAAUGUGUGGACAGAGGCGGAGGUCACCUAUCAUAAGCCGAUGGCCACUAAGAUAGUGUUUGUUAGCAUCUGCAAGAACUUCCUAGAGUGUGGACAUGUAGCUCUGGAUGACAUCAGUGUGACUCUUGGAGACUGUAGCAUUACAGUGGGGCCACUGCGACCACCACCAGGACACUGUUACUUUGAGACGGGUGACUGUGGAUAUACUCAGGAGAAGAAGAGUAAGAAAGAAAUACACUGGUUACGGACCAGGGGGUGGACACCCACGUCCUACACAGGACCCAAAGGGGACCAUACCUUAGGGGUAGGGUACUACAUGUUCAUUGAGGCAUCUCACAUGCUACCUGGCCACCCUGCACGACUGUUAAUACCAGAGCUGCGGGGCUCAUACAGUCCCCAGUGUCUGACCUUCUUCUACCACAUGUAUGGAUCAGGAACAGGCAUCCUCAAUGUCCUGCUGCGACAGGAGGACAGACAUAAGAAAGAAAGAGUGCUCUGGAGUAGACACAGAGAGCAGAGUAUCUCCUGGAUGAAGGCCACCGUGGAUUAUGAAUGCUUUACCAAGCACAAGAUUAUAUUUGAAGCCAUAAGGGGCCCUUCAAUCAGAAGUGAUAUUGCUAUUGAUGACGUAGUGUUCCGAAUGGGACCCUGCAAUGAUUUUGGAGACAGCAUGUCAUACUCGGGCUUCUCAGAGAACUUCAACGAGAUUGAGUACUGAGAAAGGCACUGGAAUAUUGUAUGUCUGUAUCUAUUUGUUUGUUGUUGGGUUGGGUUGUGAUUUAAUUACACAUGACCAUGCUGAGAGUCGCAUUUUAUUGCUUGUCUUAGCGGAAUUUACAUUCUCGGUGUCUGCUUGGGAAAAUAAAGUUCCAGUUUUAGAGGUCACAUGGACAGCUUGUGCACAUCUCAUUUUAUAAAUGCUGGUGUAAUUGUUUUCGAGGUUCUGUGCUUUUUUUCUGUGCUGGCAUUACCCAGUAUUUUAUGGUUGGGUGUCUUCUUGCUUUAAAAUUCACCCAAAGAGCACUUUCACUUUUUUAAUAUGGACACUGUGUAUUUAUGCAGAAACAAAAAUCAUGUUUUUAUUGUUUAUAUUGUGUGUAAUCAAAUAAUUAAAGUAAGUCAGUUAUAUACCACUUUUGUUGGCUUUUGAUAUGUUGGUUUUUGAUACAUUAUUGUUUUGUACUUUUUACUUGCAUUCAAAUCAAAUGAAGACA